UAAAUUCGCAAUUUAGCAUCAAAUCCCGUAGCUUCGAUUGAGACAUGACGCUUUUUACCCCAAAAACUGAAAAACGGCAAGUAGUUAUUUUUGUCACGCUUUUCUCGUUAAAAGUCAUCGGCGAUUGCUAAUUCUCAGUUGUUAUCGCCGCCAUUGAGUUCUCUCGCCGGCGAUAAUGAUCUACGUUGGUGGAGUGCCAUUUGAAGAUGAGAAUCGCUCAUCUUCUUUUUCUUCUUCAUCGCAGGUUCCUCCUGAGAUGCGUCCACCUACAAUGGAGAAACAGCCUCAUCAAGAUAUAUCUGCAUAUGGGAGAGAGCCUCCUAUGAAUGUGCAUGUAUCAUCAGCCCCACCGAUGGUCGCUCAGAUUCCACUCCCUCACACAGAUACUGUAAUUGGGACAUCAGGUUCUAACAAAAGCUACACUAGACUUCUUAGUGGAGCAACAGUAACUAGUCAGGAAACUAGGGGAUUACCUUGUGAAAUGACUGUUGAGGUUAGCAGAACUGGCUCACAAGUCCAAACUGCUAUGGCUGAAGCUGGAGCGCUGGCACCAGCACAUGGCUCUGCAAUGUCUACCACUAUUUCACUAAGCAAGAGGUACAUAAAAAAUCCCAGACUCGGAAUAGAUUUCACAAAAUUUUACAAGAUCAAGGGGAACAAAAAGCUGCGGUUGAUAGGUAGAAAUGGUUUUAUUGAAGAGGUCACAACUAAAGUAGAAAAAAGACAUGGAGUUGUUGACAUGAUUAGCCUUGGAUUGGAAUAGAAGAAUUUUGUGGAAGCUGAGAAUUUAGAAAUAGGUGAUACUAUCACGUUUGGCAGUGGUGGGGAUUAUGUUUUGAUUCUUUUGGAAGUUGAGAAGAACCAACAAGUUUGGGAGGAUCAUGAUACGCAGGCUGAAGCCAAGUACCAACAAGUUUGGGAGGAUCAUGAUACGCAGGCUGAAGCCAAGAACCAACAAGUUUGGGAGGAUCAUGAUACGCAGGCUGAUCAGGAGAAUUUGGGCAUUUGGAUAGCAAAAUCAAGAUCUUUGGAGGUUAGUUAUAUUUGUAUUCUUCCCUGAUUUAGUGUCUUAGUCCCUGUCUCUAGUCUCUGUAUUAAUUUCGUAUCAGUAACUGUCUUUGUCUCUAACAGGAAACAUGUUCCUCACAAAGUGAUUCUUAGGAUCUAAGUUUCUAACAAACUAACAUGGUUGAUUCAAAGACAGACACUUUGUGAGGAACAUGUUUCCUGUC